AUAUGCUUACAUUAUUACGAAUUACGAAAUUGCUUUUGUUCAUAAUUAUUUGUUCAUGCAGAAGUGAUCGAACGCGGAUGAUAACAAUGGCAGUGCAGUUUCAAAAUCAAUUAUUUGUCGAGAUAUAUGUAUUAUAUUUUUAUAAUACGUAAACUACAAUUAUAUCAUGAGUUGUUCAAAUUUUAAUUCUGUAAAAUCGACGGUUUUUGAUAGUAUCUCAAUGCGUUAACAACACGUUUUUUUUAACGCUCUCUUAGUCUGUGACUAAACACGUGAUGCUUCAUCAGCUUCAUGCAAUGUUUACAUGGUUCAAUGUACCUCUUAAAAAAAAAUAUUAGCAAUGUGAUAACCCAGUUUGAAUGUCUCAGGGCAACGUAACGGUUCAGUAGAUUGUGAAUAGAAAGUCCAUGCUGUUUAAUACCUUCGUAGGUAUUUUAUGUCACCAGAAGUUGCAGGCAGGAUGAGGCUCGCCAGCUUUAUAGAAAUUUUAUUGCUGUUUGAGGUCUGUUUGUUUGUCAGUGCAAAUUUUGCAUCUCUGAACAACAAUGCUAGUUUUCCUGUAAUAGUAAUCACUUGGGAUUACAAAUCUGCAUCGGAGAAAGCAUGGGACGUGAUAUAUAAUCAGAAGAGAAGUGCUUUAGACGCAAUAGAGGAAGGAUCUUCUUUAUGCGAGGAGCAGCAGUGCAGAAAGACUGUGGGCUUUGGCGGCAGUCCGGACGAACAUGGAGAAACUACAUUGGAUGCUGUCAUUAUGGACGGGGUGGCGAUGGAUGUGGGUGGAGUAGGAGGUUUGCGGAACAUAAAGAAUGCAAUGUCAGUCGCUCGCAAGGUGCUGGAACACACAAAACAUUCCCUGUUGGGUGGCGACUUAGCUACGGAUUUUGCUGUGAAUAUGGGAUUCAAGAAGGAGUCUCUGCAAACGGACGAGUCCAAGGAAAUGUGGAUGAAGUGGAAGGCGAACAACUGUCAGCCCAAUUUCUGGAAGAACGUUGUACCUGAUCCAACAACCAGCUGCGGACCGUAUAUUCCGAGUGAAGUGAAAGACGACAAUAGCAUGCCAGUGGGAAGUGAGGAAAAUCACGACACAAUUGGUAUACUUGCUAUAGAUUCACAGGGCUGUACGGCAGCCGGAACAUCCACGAACGGCGCCAGAAACAAGAUACCUGGCCGUAUCGGGGACUCCCCUAUUGCAGGAGCUGGCGCGUACGCUGACCAGGAGGCUGGUGCGGCAGCCGGUACCGGGGACGGAGAUAUUAUGAUGCGAUUUUUACCGAGUUUUCUGGCGGUGGAAGAAAUGCGUUAUGGAGCUUCGCCGAGUGCGGCUGCUAAGAAGGCGAUCAGCAGAAUCGCCCAACAUUAUCCUCAAUCUCUCUGUGCAGUGAUUGCAUUGAACAAAAAGGGAGAAUACGGAGCAGCGUGUAAUGGAAUGGCCGCAUUCCCUUAUUAUGUUGCAAAUCCUACCUUUGGCCCUAAGCUACUUUCAGUUGAAUGCAGCAACUAUAAUCCACAAUGCGCCAGGGACAGUGACUUUUGUUGAUUUGUAUAUUUGUUCAAACUUUAAUAUGCGAUAAAAGGAAUAAAUGACAUUAAACAUUCCUAAUGUAAUGAUAUAAAUAAAAUUGUUAUAAAUAAAAUUUACUAAAAUUUA